AUGCCAAAGAGCUUGCCGCCGAUAAGGACUAUGGAUCAUGAGAUUGAAUUGGAGUCGGGUGCGAAGCCACCUGCCCACGCGCCGUAUAGAAUGUCACAAACUGAGUUCACACAUAUUGACUUUCUCGGUCAUGUCAUUGAGAAGGGACGAAUCAAGAUGAACCAACAGAAGGUCCAGGCUAUCACGGACUGGCUGCCACCUAAGGAUAUCCAUGCCCUGAGGUUGUUCCUUGGAAUAUGCAACUUUUAUCCCCAGUUUGUGAGAAACUACUCACCAAUUAAUUUGCUGCUGACAGAGCUUUUGAAGAAGGAUACGUCUUGGGAUUGGUAUCCCUAUCGUCCGGAGGUGUCACGCCCCAAAACCGAGGAGCACGACCGGCGCUCAACCGAUUGA